AUGGCUCAACCCUACCCCUACGAGCCCACCUCCAUCUGGUGGCCCGAGGACCGGAUUAAGGCCACUCUCGACACGAAAUAUGUCGUGAGCCGCCUGCGCCCCGAGAACGUCCCGCGCCUCUUUGACCUCCCACGCUGGGGCGAGGGUCUCACUAGCGAGACGUACAUGGAAUGGAUUCUGCUCAAAGCGGGCCGUCUCUUCUUAAUCCUAGAGGCCAUUGGUAUCCCCGAUCGCAUCUUUGCCCUCGUCGACGCAUCCUGCGAUGACGAUGAUCUCCCGGUUGCCGAGCAGAACGUGGACCGGCUGUGUCUCUCGCCGGUGGGGAACGAUCUCGCCCUCGACACCGAGUUUUUCCAUGCCCAAUGGCGGUAUCUGGUGCGUGGACUGGCGGAAGGCGAGCAUGUCACAUACACGCAGAACGAAGGCGUGCCGGUGGAAGCUGUGCAAACGGCGAUUGGCGUCCAGGGCCGGGAGGACUCCGCCGAUAAGGUCGUGCUCGCCGGUGCGGUAUGUCGCAUGUACCUGCGUGCGCAGGUCCAAGUCGGCGGCGCACCGCAUUUCUUUUCCACGGCAGAGGUGCUCGAGGAGAUUCGAGGUCUGCGCAAGCUGGUGCAUCCACAUCUCAUCUCGAUCUACGCCUCGUAUUUCGUCGAUGAUACCGUCUGCGCCCUCUUCACAGGCGCGGAAAUCGACCGCACUCUCUACAGCUUCCUGACGGAUGAACCACCGACAUUCAAACAACAGUCCAAGGAAUUUCGUCGCCAGACCUUGAUCGCUUGGCCGCAUUGUCUCGUAUCGGCUCUGGCAUGGCUUCAUGCCCGUGGCCACGCGCACGCUGCGAUUCGGCCAUCCAACAUCCACGUCGACCCCAAUUUCAAGAUCUACUUUGGCCAAUUCCAAGCUCUAGACACGCUUUUCCCACCACCCCGACUCAAUGACCUAGAGGCAUACCAAUACUCGGCGCCAGAACGCUGGGUGCGCAGCGCAGCACCAACCAUCCAACCCUCUGUCCCCAGCAAAACCCUCCUUCCCUCCGGCGGCCGUACAGGACGCCGCAAGAAGCCAUCUCAACAACCCCUAUCAACUGUCAGAGAGAGUAGUCCCCCUUUGUCUCCCGACUACGCACGCCCAGACUCGGCCGCCUCCAAAGGCACGGUAAUCCGCAUAUCACCCUCGCGCUUCUCCCUCGCCAUCUCCUCCUCUUCCUCUUCAUCCUCCGCGGCCUCAACAUCAACCUACACAGACAACUCGCGCAACACGCGCAGCACAGGGCUCAAACCCCACCGCAGCGGCCUCUGGACAGUCAUCCUCGACAUCAUCACGCACCUCUGCAAGCGAAGCCUCUCCUCCUUCGCCUCGCACCGCUCCGCCCGCAACCGCUCCGCAGGUCGUGGCGGCGGUAUGGCAGAUGCAUCGUUCCAUCUCGACCGCAACGCGGUCCAGGUGCAAUCGUGGAUCGCACUGCUAGAAGGCGAUGCGUUGAAGCGAUGUCGGCGGGACCGGGGUAGUGAUCGUGCGUAUCACGCCGUGCCGCGGAUGUUGAUCGUCCUGAGGGCGAUGUUGGCCGCGGAGCCGGAGAAGAGGCCGCCUGCGCGCCGGGUGAUGAAGAGCUUUGCUUCGGCGAUGCGGGAGGUCUCUGGCAAAGGCGGGGAGAUUGUGUUGCAUUGUUCCGAGGUUGAGCAGGAUGAGAAGAAGAGGCGGCGGCGGGAGGCGGUGAUUGUGCAGCCGGGGAGGAAGAUGAAGCUGGAGGAAGAGGUAAUCGUCGAGGAGGAGAACGAGCUAGAGGAGCCGGGGAUGCCGAAGGAAGAGGCUUUUUUAGACGAGUCUUCGUCCGUGUCUGAUUUCGACUUUGGAUUCUCCGAUGUGGAUAGUGAUAGCGAGCCCAAUGAGGCCUGGGGGCAUGAGCAUAAGGUCGAUGUGAUCCAUCGGUCAAUCUCGGAGCUGGAGGUGCCUAUGCAGGCCAAGCGUGUGACACCACAUCUAUCACUGCCCAGUCUCGAUGUGCAUAUCCGCGGGAUCGAAGGGUUGACCUUCCGCAAUGGUUGA